AUGGGUAGGGUUCCUUUCAUUGGGAGGCUGUUCUGGAACGAGUAUCUGGCUCUGUUCAGCUCUCUAGUAUUAAUCUCCAUCGAAGUGCUAUUGCAUAUCGUAACACUCUGUCUUCCUCAACCAAUCAUACAAUUUUGUUAUCGGCAAUCUAAAGUCCUAUUCAAGGCUCUAGCUUCACCACAAGAACGCCGAAUACGGGCACUGCAAACUUUAACCUCAGGGAAAAUAGCAUCCGCUUCAGACUUUCUACAAUUGUGCGCUCUCUGGGGCUACGAAGCGGAAGAGCAUGUCGUACAGACAGGCGAUGGCUAUCUUCUUUGCCUUCACAGGCUGCCGCGGAAGAAAGGUGAAGAUUUCUUCGGAAUGAACGCUGGCAAAGGGGCCCGACAGAAGCCAGUGGUUUAUCUUCACCAUGGGUUGCUCAUGAAUAGCGAAGUGUGGGUCUGUUUGACAAACGAAGAGCGUUGCCUCCCUUUCCAGCUCGUCGAGAAAGGAUAUGAUGUGUGGCUGGGGAAUAAUAGAGGGAACAAGUAUUCGAAGAAGUCUAUCUUUCACUCCCCGUCAUCGACAGCAUUCUGGGAUUUCUCCAUAGACCAAUUCGCCUUCCACGAUAUCCCCGACAGCAUCGAAUACAUAUUAUCAGUCACUUCUCAAAAAUCAUUAUCCUAUAUAGGAUUCUCUCAAGGCACUGCACAAGCAUUCGCUACGCUGUCUAUCCACCCGACACUUAACCAAAAAAUCAACUUAUUCAUAGCACUGGCACCGGCAAUGUCCCCAGCGGGACUUUCCAAUGGAGUCGUCGAUGCUCUCAUGAAAGCAUCUCCUAAUGUCCUCUUCUUAGCUUUUGGCCGUCGAAGCAUCCUUAGCUCCACACCAAUGUGGCAAACAAUCCUUUACCCACCUAUCUUCGUCCGCAUCAUCGACAUAUCUCUCUCAUUCCUGUUCAAUUGGAGCAGCGUCAACAUCAACAGCGAUCAAAAGCUUGCGGCAUAUCCACAUCUCUUCUCCUUCACAAGCACAAAGUCCGUUGUACAUUGGUUCCAGAUCAUCCGCAAUAAGAGCUUCCAGAUGUAUGAUGAUGAUGCAGGGCCCUUGGUGAACAUCAAUAAUAACAGCCGCUACUACAAGCCCGCCAAAUUCCCCACAAAAAAUAUCAAAACACCAAUUGUCCUCGUUUACGGGGGGCGGGAUAGUCUAGUGGACAUCGAUGUGAUGCUUGGGGAACUACCGAAUCAUACCCUUGCGACAUCAAUUCCCCAUUACGAGCACCUUGAUUUCCUCUGGGCAAGAGACGUUGCUGAUCAGGUGUUCCCGCACAUCUUCGAUGCCUUGAGAUCACAUGGCUUACACCACACGGGCGUGUCAGAAAAAAAACAAAAUUAUCCCUUGAAGGAAAGUGAUAGCAACAUUCCUCAUGGCCAGAACGAGAAUAAAAUUCCAGUCGAUAAUACUCUAUCCCUGUGUAUACUUAACGAGGCCAAAUUUCCCAGACCAGCGAAUCACUUGCAUGCACGAUCGCCAGAUCUACCCUCUUAUUCUGAAGAUGAAAGGUUGAGAUGA